CAGGAGGAGCAGCAAUCACAGCAGUCUCUCUGGGCGCUCUCUCUGCUGAGCUCACUGCUGUCCUCUCUUCCUCCUCCACUGGCCUCUUUUCAGUUUCCUCCCCUCGGCUCCCUUGUUCUUUUCAUCCACGACUCGUCCUGUGGAUUUCUCCCCCCCCCAUCUCUCUGGGAAACCUUUCGCAGAGCAGCGCUGUCGUGACUCUCAAGCUGCCACUGCAAGGGAAGGAGAGAGCAGGAAGAAGAAGAGAAAGAGAGAGAGAAGCUGAGACAGACCAAUCGAUUACUCUCAUACAGAGGAGAGAGGCACUGGGAGAGGAGAGGCAGUAGCAGUGUUUUUCCUACUUGCUUUGGUUUGAAAGAAGGUUUUCUUUUACUUGUAUGGGAGUCUUCUGAAGCGUUUGAUUCACGUCCUUCCCCUGGAAAGACGGGACAGCUAAUUGAAGGGACAGCUGGUGCAGUUUUGACACAUUAAGGACUCUUCUUCCCUCUCCUCUUCAGCCAAAACUGCCAACAUUUGGGACUUUGGAGCAGGACAGCUUUUGACUGAAAAGUUCAAUGUUUACCAUAUAACUGAGUUUUUCAUUCUGAAUGAUAAUGCUGGACACCAACCAUUGCCUGUCCUUCGAAACCUCCCCCAUGGGCUCUCCUCCAAUGGGAGACGACAUGGAGAAGGCAGGACUGAAGAUGGAACAUGACAGACAUGUCUAUCACAGCUUAAAAGAAGUCCUCCAGCUCAAACUCCAGCAGAGACGAACACGAGAGGAACUGGUCAGCCAAGGGAUCAUGCCACCACUGAAAAGCCCGGCAGCCUUUCACGAACAGCGGAGGAGUCUGGAGCGAGCGAGGACCGAGGACUAUCUGAAGAGAAAGAUCCGGAGUCGCCCUGAGCGCUCCGAGCUCGUCAGGAUGCACAUUCUGGAGGAGACGUCAGCAGAGCCGUCCCUGCAGGCCAAGCAACUGCAGCUGAAGAGAGCACGACUGGCCGACGACCUCAACGACAAGAUCUCCCACAGACCAGGUCCCAUCGAACUGGUUCACAAGAACAUCCUGUCUGUCACCUGCCCUCUGCAGCACUCACUGCUGGAUUCUCCGAAGGGAGCCGGGGGAGAGAGCUCGUCUUUAGAUGAAGACAGCAGUGAUGCUCUGUCACCAGAUCAGCUGACCAAUCACGAUUCUCCCCUGAGUGCCGUUCCCCAGCUGUCCCCCUCUGAUGCACUCACCCAGAAUGGGGACAUUUCUCCCACACAGUUCCUUACUCAGCCAUCUCCUCCACCUCCUCCACCUCCUCCACCACCUCCACCACCUCCUCCCCAGGUGAAUGGGUCACCUGCCUCCCCACCCCCAAAAUUGACAAAUGGAACGACGGUGAACUCUCGUCCCUCUACUGGACAGAUCAAGUCUCAGGGUAAGACGAGUUCAGAUCGUCCCCCACAGAGAUCUAAGAAAACAAAGGACAGCAAACCCAAGGUGAAGAAGCUGAAGUACCACCAGUACAUCCCUCCAGACCAGAAAGCAGACAAGGAGCGUCCGCCACAGAUGGACUCGUCGUACGCGAAGCUCCUUCAGCAGCAGCAGCUCUUCCUGCAGCUGCAGAUCCUCAGCCAGCAACAGCAGCACUACAACUACCACACCAUCCUGCCCGCGCCUCCCAAGCCUCCAACCGAGCAGCCCCCCACAACCAACUCUGGCCCCUCCCCCUCCCGCAGCGUUCCCACAACGACCACCAUGGCGUCCUCCAGUCAGAGCGGGACUGCCCGUCAGAGCCAAGCUGCAGUGGGAGGAGCCAAACCCGGCACUCUGCCAGCCAACCUGGAUGAGUUCAAAGUCGCUGAGCUGAAACAGGAACUGAAGUUACGUGGUUUGACCGUCUCAGGCACCAAGAACGAUCUCAUUGAGAGGCUCCGCAACUACCAGGAGCAAAAUUGCGGCAACACAGUGGUUUUGAAGAAUGGCAUAUUGCAGCAGAGCCAGCAGGGCGCUAACUCGUCCUCUCCAACCACGACUACCACCGCUGACCACCAGUCAGGAGAGGGCGGGUUUAAGUUAGCGUUGUCCUCGUUGGCUCAUGCGGUCCCUGGGAGAGUCAUGCGUUUUGGCAGCACCAGCUCCAGCCCUCCCGUGUCACCUACUCCGUCUGAGAGGUCGCUGGCAGGGAUGAGUCCAGACGAGACAAGCUGCAAUGGAGACAUGUUUGGAGAGAUGGUGAGAUCUGUGAGCUCUCCCUUGACUCAACUCACCCUGCACCCAUCUCCUCAGCACCCGUCAAACAUCUCUCCGCUCUCCAAGGUCAAAGAGGAGAUCCACAGCCCAUGCAGCCUGUCCAGGUCUUCAGCUGCCUCGGGUCAGACUCCAGAGCCCCUGCCAAGGGUAGCCAUGGACACGUCUUCCAUGGACAAAGACCAGAUGCUCCAGGAGAAAGACAAACAGAUCGAGGAGUUGACCAGGAUGCUGAGGCAGAAGCAGAGGCUAGUGGAGACCCUCAGGUCCCAGCUGGAGCAGGGAAAAAUGGCGGUUGGAUUAGUCUCAGAGAAGGAAGGAGGUGAGAAGAGCAAAACAUCCCCAGAGGUUAAACUUCAAACUCUAAUAAAAGCCUCGGCCAUUCAACCCCCGACUCUCCCCAACGGCAUUGUGGUGAAGGUGAAGAAGGAGGUGGAGUCUGAGGAAGAAAUGGAGGGAGUAACGGAGGAGGCCCUGGGAAAGAAGCUGGCCCAGCCGAUGCAGUGCUCUCAAGAGACUCUGCUCAGGCUGCAGCAGAUUCAUCGGCUGCAGGUCCAACAAGCUGAACAGCAGAAACAGCAGCUACUACAACAACAACCCAAACAGCAGCAGAGUCAGGUGCAACUGCAGAGGGUGCCGGAGGCUAAAGCAAACCCUCAAAAACAACAACAGCAGAAGAAAGAAGCUCAAAUCCUGCUCCAUCAGCAGCAGCAACUCCAGCAGCUCAUCAUACAGCAAACCCAACAGAAACAGCUGCAGGCCCAGCAGAAGUUAGCACAGCAGAAGCUGGCCCAGCAGAAACUCACGCAACAGAAGCUCGUGCAGCAGAACCAGCUCAAACAGACCCAAGGGCAAGUUCAGCAGAGCCAGCAGAAGAGCCAAGUUCAGCUGAAGCAGGUCCAGGUGCAGAUCCAGAACCAGACGGCGGCAAGCCAGAAGCCUGCAGUGACCCAAGCCCAGCAGAGGAAACAGCUGAAGACUCAGCAGAGGCAGCAGCAGAAACAGCAGACGGCAGCUGUCGGCACGCAACAGGUGACUCCGGUCUUCAUCAACCAACAGAACGGCACUCAGAUCCACACUCAGGCCAUUUCAUUAGACCUCCUCAAGACCAACGGCACACCCACGCUGGUCGCCGACAGCAACGGCAACCACUACCUGAUCGCUCUCACCAGUCACACCACAGAUGGACAGAAUGGAGUGUCUUCAUUGGCCAAAACCAAUGGACGCAUCACGCUGCAGAGAUUGCAGUCGACUCCAAGUAAACUCCCCAGCACCGACAGCCAAUCAAAAGAGCAGACAGAGGCCGAGCCUGUGAGCCAGCCAAUCAAAAAGGGACAGAAGGCGGGGCUGCACCUGGACACUAAUGGUGUCCCACAGCCCAGCCUGUCAGCCACAGCUCCGCCCAAUCUGCAGCCUUUCUUCGACGACAUGUCGGACAGCGAAAGCCAGAGCAGCUUAAUCUCAUCUCUCAAGAGAGAGGAGGUGUGUCCGCCUUACGACCGGCACACACUGUUCACCCCUCCCUCUCCCAAACCCAACACCUCCCUUCCCACUCAACGCUCCAAAGAGAAUGGCGUGAAUAGUCAGCACAUGGACGACCUGUUUGACAUCCUGCUGAAGAGUGGAGAGAUCCCUGGCUUCAAGGCCAACCCGGACCCUUCCCUCGCCCCUCUCCACUCUGACCCGCCCUCCCCAUCUUCUCCCCAAUCCCCCCUCCACCUUUCCCCUCCCACCCCUACAGAGCCCCUCAUCUCCCCUCAGCCCUCCGUGGGAGAGCCCUGCACCGGCAGUGGACGCCUGGAGGACUUCCUGGAGAGCACCACUGGCUCCCCUCUGCUGGGCGUGGAGCCCGACGGCGGCCUGACGCUGAUCGACGACCUGCACAGCCAAAUGCUGAGCACGCCCAGCAUCCUGGACCACCCUCCCUCCCCCAUGGACACAUCCGACCUGGGCUUCUCCCCCCAUUCCACAGGGUUGGACUUUGGCGACGCCACCUUGGACAGCAUGGACUGGCUGGAUAUUUCCAUGGUGGGGAGCGCCAGCGGAGGGAGCGGGGGCGGCGGAGGCGGAAGAGGGGGAGGAGGAGGAGCUGGUGCAGGAGACGGAGGGACAAGUCUGGCCCCGCUGGCGCCGCACACUCCGCCGAGCGUCUUCUCAGCUGAUUUUCUGGACAGCACGGACCUGCAGCUGCACUGGGAGUCGUGUCUGUAGCUCGGCGCACAGACGGACUCACACACACACACACACACACACACACUCGCUCACACUGUGUACAGGCUCUGUCUUUAUUUCAUGCACAUACAGAAACCUUCUCUAUGCUGUCUCUACCACUGCAGGGGUCACUGGCACAUGCAAACACACACACACACACACACACACACACACACACACUUACACAAUUUGCCCUGUCUUUCACUGGCUGUUACUGUAUGCAGGAUGAGGUGAAAAAAGAAACAUAGAAAUUAAAUUCAUAGAAAGGACUUGAAUUUGGUGGGACUGAAGUGGACUUUGAAUUUUAAUUCUAUGGGGGAUUCACACAGGAGACUGUAAAAUCCCAUCACCUGCAUUUAUAACCAGGUUAAAUUGAACCAGCAGAAAACUGUAGGUCACUGUAAUAACGUCAUUUCAACCCUUGGAAAACGGUUUGAGGAGGGACCGUCAGCGGCGUUUUAGCAGAGUGUGUGUCAGUGCCUCCUAAACUUUGCACUUAUGCUGAAUCUGAUUGGUUUAAAGGGGGGCGUUCGGGGGGCCGACAGCUCAAUCUUAGCGCUGUGUGGUGAGGGCUGAGUGAACGCCACGAUGUGCUAGAUUGAUCGGUUGAUGGUG